AUGGGUUUUGAAGAACAAGAACUGAAACAGAGCCCAAAACAGAGCAAGCAGAUGGUGUUCAAUUUCCACUUUCAUGUUCCGCAUCUCCACAUACUCCAUCAUUAUAACCAUCAUCAUCAUAAUGUUCCGAAAGGAUGUGUUGCGAUCAUGGUGGGACACGAAGGAGAUGAAGAAGGUCUACACAGAUUCGUGGUUCCGUUGAUGUUCUUGAGCCAUCCUCUGUUCUUGGGACUCUUGAAAGAUGCUGAAGAAGAGUACGGAUUCAAACACUCCGGUCCGAUUACGAUUCCUUGCCGUGUCGAUGAGUUCAAGCAUGUUCAGGAGAUUAUCGACGAGGAGACUCAUCGCCGUCACAGUCACGGUAACGGACACCACAACCAUAGCCACCACCACAAGGUCCACAACAACCAUCUGCGAUGUUUCUGA